UUGUAUGUAUAAUAUUUUGAAAACAUUUUUUUCUUUUUGGAAACUUUGUUAUACAUAUGUGAUAGUACUUUAUGUAAUAAGAAAGUGACUUUUGUUUAUUUAAGCAUUAAUUAAGCAGUAAAAUUCAUAGUAUUUUGUAUAAUCAACAAUGGCUACUUUUAACUUUGAUGAAUUAACUUCACAAAUCAGCAAUACUGUUGAAAGUGGUGUUAGUUUUGCUGGAAAAGGAUUAAAAUUAGACGAUGCUUCUUCAGCCGCGAGUGUCGUUUCAGCAAUAAAUGCUUGCAAAUCUAUGACCUACUUGAAUUUAGAAGGUAAUACAUUAGGUGUAGAGGCUGCUGAAGUAAUUGCUAAAGCUAUAGAAGGUCACCCUGAAUUCAAAAAGGCUUUAUGGAAAGAUUUAUUCACUGGUCGCAUGAAAACCGAGAUACCUAAAGCUUUGCAUCAUCUUGGAACUGGAAUGAUUAAUGCUCAUGCAAGAUUAACAGUUUUAGAUUUGAGUGAUAAUGCUUUUGGUCCAAAUGGAAUGGAAGGUCUUGUUGUUCUGUUGGGCUCUCCAUGCUAUGCUCUAGAGGAACUGAGGUUAAAUAACAAUGGUCUUGGAAUUGGAGGCGGAAGGAUGCUUGCGAAAGCGUUAUUGGAUUGUCAUUCUAAUAGCAAAAAGACAGGAAAAGCAUUAAGCUUAAAAGUGUUUGUAGCUGGUAGGAAUCGGCUUGAAAAUGAUGGCUCCAAGGCUUUAGCUGAAGUUUUUAAGACAAUCGGAACUCUAGAAGAAAUUUCUAUGCCUCAAAAUGGAAUUUAUGCACCUGGGAUAACUGCUCUUUCUGAAGCUUUUGCGAUGAAUAAAAAUUUAAGAGUAUUGAAUUUGAAUGAUAACACAAUUGGUGAGAAAGGGGCUCAAGCAAUUGCUAAAGCAUUACCACAUAUUCAGCAGUUAGAAGAAAUCAAUUUUGGAGAUUGUUUAUUAAAAACAGCAGGAGCACAGUCUUUGGCAAAUGCCUUGAAGGAGGGUCAUACAAAAUUAGAGACAUUGGUUUUAGGGUUCAAUGAAAUUUCAACCCCAGGUGGAGUUGCUUUAGUUGAAGCUUUACAAAAUAAGUCAAAUCUAAAAUCUGUUAUACUUGACGGAAAUCAAUUUGGGGAUGUAGGUAAAAAGUUAAUUUCUAAGUUGAUGCAAGAACGUGGGCAAGAUGAUGUUUUGGGCAGUUUGUCAGAUGAUGAAGGGGAACCUGAUGAUGAUGAAACUGAUUCAGAUAAUGAAGAAGAAUCUGAAGCAAGUGAAGAUGAAUAUCCAGAGGCUCCAGUUAUUACGCCAACUUCAACACCAAUUGCGUCAAUAGUCAAACCUUCUGUAGAAUUAGCAGCUCCUAAAAUACAGUCUUCAUUAUUUAAUAACUUAUCUAUAAAAUCAUUGUCACCAUCUCCUAGUGCUAAUACUAGUAUUGAACUAUUUUUACAAAACCCAUCUCAAACCAAUUUUUUGGCAUUAGGAAAUGAUAGAGAAAACAUAUUUUUGAAAGAAGUUAAGAAUUUGCCUAAAGACGAUGAGUACUUAAAUAAACUUGUGAUAGUAUUAAUGAAAGUAUCAGGAUUGUGCAAAUCGACAGAUGAAAUUAUAAAACAAUCAGCAUUAAGUAUUUCUAGAAAAAUUUAUAAAGAACUGUUCAGUUGGUCCAAAAAUGAAAAUAUUAACUCUUUGGUUAAUAACACAUUGCUUGUAAACUUAGGGCUUAUAAAGAGUGAAGACAAAAAAUUUAAACCAACAUGGGAUGUUGACGCUUGUCUUGUAGCUUUGGAUAAUGUUUUGACUGAAUCAUUUUUCCCAAAUGAAACGAAAGAAACAUUGCAGUUAUUUUUAGGCAGGCAAGUGAUGGAAUUAAAUGAUACAAUAACUGCAUAGAGUGCUUAAAAUAUGUUCACCAUCCAUGGUUUUAUAAAAUUUUAAAAAUAAAACAAUUCCAUAUCUUUUCUAAUAUGUAAGGUGUUUAUAUUUGCUUUUAAAAUAAUUUUGCUCAUGCAAUAUCUGUAAAUAUUUUUUCAUGCAAGAUUUUGUAAUGCUUUUCAAGUAUUUUGUCUUCUCUAAUACAUAAGGUUUUUAUA